CAUUGUUGUUUCUCGUGUCUCAUUGACGUGGUUAAUCACUUUGACAUUCAAUUGAAUUUCAUAAUUCAUAUAAAUUGUCUACAAAAUUGACAACGAUGAUUUAUCAUUACAAAUUCUCAUCCACAUAAAAAAAAUACUUGGCCAUUUUUUAAUGAUUCUCUACACGGUUUACAUUAAAUUGAGAUAAAUAAUAAUGUGGGAACAGCAUGAUAAUGUGCUUUGUGGUGAUCUACAAGUAUCUUGUCAUAGAGAAUGAGCAAUGCAGAAAUCGGGACGCAUGAUCUCGAGAAAAAGAGCCGAUUGCGAUAUAGAAACAAAUUUGAAAAUAAAAAAAAAUAUAGAGAAGAAAUGGUUGGUUUUGGACAUGGAGAGUCACUUAGCAAAGCACUUGCAGAUGUGACAACAGAGCUUACUGUUUAUUCAGACGAUUCAAGUGAUGAUCAAGAUACUAGUCGUCUUAUUUCUUCCUCAUCAUUGUCUUUGCAGCCACGUGUUAGUUUCGAGGAAUCCAAAAAAAAUGGAAUAAAAACUAAACGUACGGAAAUUGAAAAAGAAGAUGAAAAUGUUUGGACUAUUUCUGUACAGAUGUUUAUUCCUUUUUUACUUGCUGGAUUUGGCAUGGUCGCAGCCAGUCUGUUACUUGAUGUUGUUCAACAUUGGCCAGUGUAUCAAGUAGUAUCAGAGGUAUAUAUUUUGGUACCAGCAUUAUUGGGGUUGAAAGGAAACCUAGAAAUGACUCUGGCCUCCCGUCUGUCUACCCAAGCAAAUCUAGGUCACAUGGAUACAGAGAAACAGCAGUGGACGUUAAUAAUCGGUAAUCUAGCUUUAAUCCAAUGCCAGUCAAUGGUGGUUGGUUUAUUGGCGUCCUUGGCAGCAGUGAUCUUUGGAUGGAUACCCGAAGCACACUUUGAUAUUCACCAUGGACUAUUACUGUGUGCUAGUGCACUUGUCACAGCCUCUGUUGCUAGUUUCCUGCUUGGUCUUGUAAUGGUUGCAGUUAUACUAUUCUCUAAACGGAUGAAUAUUAACCCUGACAAUGUUGCCACGCCAAUUGCCGCAUCACUCGGUGAUUUGACAACUCUUGCAUUACUAUCAUGGAUAUCCUCACUUUUAUAUAGUGCCAUUGACAAUCAAACAUGGAUAGCUCCUACUAUGAUCAUUUGCUGCUUAUUAGCAACACCUGUUUGGGGAUAUAUUGCUGCUAGAAAUCCCUUUACUAAAGAAGUUCUUAAUUACGGUUGGAGUCCUGUUAUUUCAGCUAUGUUAAUUAGCAGCAUUGGUGGAUUAAUUUUAGAUUUCACAAUAUCAAAUUACAAAGGUAUUGCUGUUUUUCAAUUAGUAAUAAAUGGCGUUGGAGGUAAUUUAGUUGCCGUUCAGGCAAGUCGAAUAUCUACGGCACUUCAUAUAGAACAACAUAGUGGAAAAGUUGAAAAACCACCUAAAAUUUGUAUUAGUCUUUUUGAUGCAUUUUUAGCUCCUGGUGGACAUUCACGGAUUGCAAGAAUUUUAUUGAUGAUGGUAAUACCAGGUCACUUAAUAUUUAGUUAUACAAUAAGUUAUCUUAAAGCAGGACAUACUUCAUUCACGGCAACAUUUAUUGUUGUGUAUUUACUUGCGGCACUUUUACAAGUAAUUUUACUCUUAUAUUUGGCUCAACUGAUGGUUGUUUGGAUGUGGACACAUGGAAUGGACCCUGAUAGUUCAGCGAUCCCAUAUCUAACAGCUGCUGGUGAUUUAUUGGGUACUGCAUUACUAGGUAUCGCUUUUCAUAUUCUUUAUGCAAUUGGUGAUAAAGAUUCAGAUGUUGGUGAUUAGCCAGCAAGUAAAUUCGCUCAUUUUUUUUUUCCUUCGUUGCAUUAUGUACAAUUUUAUAAUUUUAUUUUAUUGUUUAAAAAAAACUAUUCAUAAUUAGUUAAGUCUUUAUUUUAUUAUUAUUCAGGCUCAAUAUACUAUUUGUACCUGAAAUUAUUAAUAGUAAUAAUAUUUUUUGGGACCUAAAAAUAUUAAAAUAGUUAAACAGUGGCCUGAAAUUUUUAUAAAUUAAACAAUCACAUAGUCUAACUUGUUUUUUACAGUAUUUUAAUAUAAGUAUAAUUAUAUUGUCUUAAUUUUAUCGUGAGAGGAUCUACAAUCCCUAAUAUAAAAAAAAAAAAUUUUUUAAUUAAUCAGUUUAUUUAAAAAUAGUUAUUAAAUAUCUAAAUAUGGUGCUAAUUUGUAGGAAAUAAAAUUUUAUAUGGGUAAAUAUUUCAAAAAUAAAAAUUUCGAAUUAAAAGUUAUAAAAAUAUAUAUAUAUAUCUAUAUUUUUAUAUUUUUUCCUAAAAGGAACGAGUGUCAGGGGAAUAAAAUUUCAUUUGUGAAAUUAAAAUUUAAUUAUAUGUAUAAAUUAAACAUCAUUAAAUGUUUAAUGUUAAAGUGUAGUUACAAACUACCCUGAGGAAUUGAAUAAUAGUAUGAAAUUAAUUUUUAAUGUUUUAUAAUUGCCAAGGGAAUGAUAUUCUUUAGAUAUUAACAGAGAAAUGGGUAACAACAUAUGUUAUUUUGAGUUUGUUAUAUAUGUAUUUAUUUUCGUCAUUUUCUUUAUUUUUGGUUUCGUUUAACUUAAUUACUUUCUUGACUUCCAGUCAUUGCUUGCGCUGACCUUUGCCGAUUUUUUUUGUUGUUGAAUUAUUUAAUUAAUUGAUAAAAACAAAAUCUAAAGUCAAAAAUAAAUAUUUUAAAUAGUUUUCGUAGCUUAUAAUUAAUAAAUCUAAUUAUUAUUAUUUUUUAAAAGAAAAAACAAUCCAUGUACAACGAAACUCAUUAAAUUUUAUAUAAAUUUUAUUCCGAUUUAAUUUCUAUCUGAUUGCUUAAAAAAAAAAUUAAUUAUAUGAAAAUCUAUACCUCUAACACUGCCAUUUAAGUAGUGAAUAUUUGAAUUUGAUACUAAAAAAUCUCUAUAUGAUUGUUCCAUUCAAGUAUCAAAUAAUAUAAAAUUUUUCAGUUAUUAUAACUCAACAAAAUAGGUCGUGUUGAAAAAAUAUUUAUCAUUUGAAAUUUCACUCUAUACUUACAUACACUAUUAUUUUUAGAGGAAAAUUAUUGAGAAAAAUUAUAGAAGAGUUAAUUUCAGAUAUAAAUAGUCCAGUAAUAAGAUGCAAUUAGUUUUAACAUGACUUAAUUCAUUUACGGCAAUAAAAUGAGAAUUCAUUUCACACGCUUGUGAAAAAUUAUUUUUGAAUUUAUAUACUGGUAUUUAAAUAUAUAUAUAUAUAUAUACGCAUAAUAAUAUAUAAUUACAUUGAAGUUUAUUAUACAAGCUUGUAAAAAAAUGUUAAAAUGAUAAUUGCACUUUUGAAAUAUUUACUUAUGUAUAUUAAUUAAUUAUUAUAAUAAUUGUAGAUACUUACAAUUUGAUAUUCAAAUCUUGAGUGUUUUUUAUAAAAUUUUUAAAGCCAUUUACACUCUUUUUAUUAUUAAAAUAAAAAUUAAAAUUAAAUUAGUAAAAUAAUUUUUGCACGCAAAUAAAUCAAUAUCGAGCUUAUAAAAUAGUCCUUGUACUAAAAACGUCGGACACUAUACUGUGAUUCUUAUUUCAUAUAUCUAUAACAAUUUAGGCCAGUAUUUUUAAAACUAUUAAUAAUAAAGUACCGUAUAUAUUAUUAUUAAUAAAAAAUAUCAAAAUUGGUUUAUAAUAAAAAAAAAAAACACUAAUUGAUUAAUUUUGUUACGUAAAUUUUAUUUCGAGCUAAAAAAAAUACAUUGAAUAUAUUUUUGUUAAUUAAUUAUUUAAGUAAAAUGCAAUAAAAAAUUGAAUAAUCUUAAAUUUAAAAAUUUUAUUUAAAUUAGUAGUCAGUACUGUAAUUAAUAAUUAAUUAAUAAUGCCAUUAUAUUAAAAU